CGUGUAGUGAGUGAUGCGGUGACAGUGUGUGAGUGAGUGUAGCGAGUGGGGGUGCAGUGCGGUAGAGUGGGACAGGGACAGACAUGCAGUAAGGACGAGCAGGAUGGCGGAUGACAGCACCAUCAUCGAGGGCACUGUCAAGUUCCGCGAUGGAAAGAAGUGGAAGUCCCGCUGGUGCGUGAUGCGGAAGCUGUCGCCUGUCGCAGACUGCGUGCACCUGCAGCUGUACCGCGACGCGCGCUCGCGCUACAACGCCGCGGCGGCAGCGGGCGGCGUGAAGGCGGCGCUCUCGCUACAGCAGUUCCUCGGCGCCGAGGCGGGCUUCACGCUCGACAAGCACUCCAACACGCUGGCGCUUAUCUGCCGCGACCUCGUCGCCAUUCUCGCCUUUGAGACCAGGGAGCGGCUCAUACAGUGGCAGGUAAAAGUGAACCUACACUUGGGCGAAGCGCGGCAAUACUUGGUGGUCCUAGGCGCUGGGGCCGGCACGGGCGGCGGCAAGCGGCUGCCGGCGGGCCCGGCGCGGCUGCUGCUGCACGAGCGGCGCUGCGCGCUCACCGCCGGCGUGCCGCCGCGGCUGCUGGGCGAGUGGCAGCUGCAACAUCUCAGGCGGUAUGGUGUAGUGGAAGGCAAAUUCUGCUUUGAGGGUGGCUCUCAUUGCGGUGCGGGGGAGGGUCUAUUCGUGCUGACGACAGACCAAGCGGCGGCGUUGGCAAGGGACUUCGAGUUAGCCGCUCAGGGGCGGCUGUCACCGCGGCGGCGGCCGCAGCCUGCAAGGGCUGAAGGAGCCGAAAGCCCAAAGUCCACCAAGGCGUUUCGACCGGAUACUCGUCUGUCGGAGCUCAACGCUGGGGAGCGCUCCCUUCCUGCUGACUUGCGGCUAGAAGAUACGACGUCAACGGUGAGGGGAGCAGGUUCCCCCUGGGGCUCAGCCGAGCGAGACGGCGAUACAGCGUCGGUUCACGGGGAGUGGGCGUCUGGUGUAGCGUUAGAGCGUUGCAUGAGUUGCAUGUCUAAACUGGGCGCGCUAUCGCGCUCAUCCACCGCCGCCACGCCCGGGACGUUCAACCCCGCGUGGACCAUGGACGCGCUGCAAGAGAGCGACGCCCCGCCGCGGCCUCCCAAGCCCACGCGACUGGAGCCCGGGCGGCCACCCGAGCCCUUGAGGUUCGAGCUCGGGCGGCCGCCCGCUCCACCGCCUAACGCUUGCUGCCAGCCAGACGACUCCAAAGUUGGCCCUUAUGAAAACUAUGACGUGCCUAAAGCUCACCCUGCUGAGGUGGAAGGAAAAUAUUACGAUACUCCUAAAAGACUAAAGGAAUGUCUAAACGAAGAGCUAUUUAAAAUAACCAAGAGCACAACAUCAAACGCUAUUAUUUUAAAGAAACCUUGCGGAUGUCUCCUCAAAUUCGGCAAACGACGAAGAGAGGCAACAGUGGUGGAGGCCGAGGAGGGUCUGGAACCAGCGAAUUGUCCAUGUCGGCGAGUCACAGACUGGGCACAUAGCUGGAUAAAACUGCCCUACUGCAGGAAAGCCUCAACACCCACCGAGGCGUCAGUACCGAACAAGGAGAAUGUGACGCCGAACAGCGAUCGGACAGCGCUGUAUGCUACUAUAGACGUUUCUCGAAAGACGAAGCGGAAAGCAUCGCUAAAUGGCGAAGCGCAGAACGCCGAAGUAGACGACGGACCUCUCGCCAACUACGAGAAUUUGAGCUUCGCAUUAUCUUUAGAACAUUACGAGAAUGCACGUGCAUUGUUACGAAAAGCUGGCGUGACGCAGGCUGAACUGGAUGCUAUUAGCGCAAACUUGAGGCCAAUUGGAUUGCCGGCGCGAAGUUGCACCUGCAGCGCCUGUCGCCAGCCUACGUCGGAGUACCUCCUCAUGGAGCCCGGUAUCGAGCCCGGCAAGCUUAAAGCACCUUCGGGCUACACGCCCAUGUCACCCAUCAGCGGGUUCGCUUUCCACACGCUGCGGCUGCCUGCGCGCGCCGCAAGGAACCUUGGCGAGGAGAAGUCCGCCAGCAAUCCCGCGUUAUGUCCUGCCGCGCGUGCGGCGCUACGCACAGGCGAAGCACAAGUAACCACGCGAACCGAACGUGCACGGGUAGAAUACCGCAAGCGUUCAAGUUCUGCCGACUCCUCGCGAUUCCUGGAAGACGUCAAGGAGUUCGAAGGGAGCGCUGGCAGUCGAGGAUCUUCCUCAUCAGUGGAGACGCUGCGAGCGCGCGUCGCGUCACCUUGCGGCUGCCACAAACUAUCUGACGCCGAUAGUUCCGAGGCGUCAAAGGCGCGAGCGGCAGCGCCGGGGGCGGCCGGCAACAGAGAUUCGUCUAGCAGCAACGACUCAGGUGUAAGCAGCAGCAGCCGAGCAGGCGAAUUCGAGUUGCCACUCACGACAGCGGCGGCGCGACGACAUUACCGCUCUGCCCGACGCGCCGCGCUGCCGGCUGGCACCACGCCACCGCGCCGUACGCGCUCCUCCGACGCGCCGAGACUGGGCGCGGCCGACCCUACACAUAAGUCAUCGUCGGCAGAAGCCGAGGUGCCGCUGUUAUCUCUUAAGGGCCUUAGAGGAGUGCUGGACACGCACAGCUCGUCGAGCGGCGCGUCCGACAUGUCAGACUACAUCGAAACGCUCUCCAUAUGCUCUUCUCAUUCGUCCAGCGACACACCGGUCACAAUGCGGGCGGGACGGCAAUGUGCGAGCGUGCUGCGCCCGCGGUCAGGCAAGGAGUACCAACCUCUCGGGGCGCGACUGGCUGCUACCUCGCAUCUUUACUCCAACCUGCCUUAA